CUGUUAAGUUCUUGUGGCUGGCAAAUCAAGUUAGGUAACAUAGCUCCUAGCUGCUUGAUAAGUCAACUGAAAGACCAGAGCGUACAAUAUAUCCUUUGGUGUAUUAGUAGCUGAUGUUAAGCUGCUUACCUCGUUAUUCUUACGAGAGAUCAUGAGUCAAGCCACGCGCCGGAGAUCAAAAUAUCACGAGCUCUCUUCAGCUCGAUAGCACCCGGUACUAUCCACCAGCAAACUCCAUCGAAUCCUGAACGACAACAGGGUUUGCCGGAUCACUUUCUUCAACAGCCAUAGAUUCGAGUUCAUCUUGUACCGCUCGAGGUUGAUCUGUCAUACUACUACCUAGUAGUAAUAGUUUUAGGUGUCAACUGUUUAGUUCGAGGGAAGAAAGGGAGUAGGGUUUAAAUGGCAAGCGACAAUGGCCAGUCAGACGCCCCAGCGUCUCAAAUAGAUGAGGACAAGGGAAGUGAUAGCGCGACACCGACUUCGCCUCCUCCACCUCCCAUUCCUUCAGCAGACCCGAAAUUGGUAUUGCAAGCUCGAACACCGCCUCCGCUCCAUACCGCGCCGAGUCCCUCCUCUCACGACCUCUUCAAACUAUCCCCUAUUGCGGCUCUUAAGCUGCUCGGCGCUAGUGUCGAAGCGCUUGUCCGCAUUACAGGCGAUAUACCUCCGACACCCCCUCCCACGAGCCCAACCAUUCCUGGUAUGCGUAGUAUGCAACGGGAGAAGGCGGAAAUAGUCAGGAAUCUGUCAGAAAAGAGCCUGGUUCGACUGCGGGAACAGGCCGAAUCCCAAGCUCGGGCUCAAGCUCAGAUUCAGAACCCCGGGAUGGCGACACGCAACCAAUCCAUCGAUGGCGUCCACCUUAAGAAGACAUCAACCCCAGGGCUGUCAAAGAGCACCCCGGAGCCGUAUAUAAUCAUCGGCGCCAACUCACAACCGCUCAAUCUUCAACACAGCGCUAUUACGCGGAAAUUCUUUAGCAAACAGCCCCCGCCGAUUAGUAUUGAGGAUUAUCUAUUGCGGAUACACCGAUUUUGUCCCAUGUCAACUGCCGUGUAUCUCGCGACGUCGUUUUAUAUUUUCCGGCUCGCUGUUGAGGAACGGGCCAUCGUUGUCACCCGGAGGAAUUGCCACCGUCUACUUCUAGCGGGUCUGAGAGUAGCAAUGAAAGCUCUUGAGGACUUAAGCUACCCGCACGCUAAGGUCGCUCGGGUUGGUGGAGUGAGUGAGAUCGAAUUAGCGAGGCUGGAAAUUAGUUUCUGCUUUUUAACCAGUUUCGAAUUGGUGAUAGGAGAAGAUACCUUGAAGAGUCAUUGGGAGACGUUGAAGCAAGGUCGUGGCCUUGUUGGCUUCGAACUGGCACAGUCAGAAGAUGAUGCGAUACCGACUUUAAAACUGGAUGCGCCACCGAGAAAAGGGUGAAAUCUGGAUUUAAGCGGUUACUUCUAAGCAACCUUGCGAUGUCGCGCUAUCAUUAUAUUCGGGGUGCAGUCUGGAAGAGAACGAAAAAAAAAUCC